UUAUUUUAUCAAAACAAACUUUCGGUUCAAUGAGAUUUCAAUCUCGUUGAAACAUAGACGUUCUCUUUACAAUCAGACACUGCCCAUUAAUUUAUUGCAGUUAAACGCUUUCCCGGAAAUACACCAAGGUACCUUUCAAAAUAAACUUUUCAUUUGCCAGUAGCGAUAACCUCAUGCGCAGAUGCUAACUUCCGUUGUUUCUCAAUGUAGCCAUUUUGCUAAUUGCUUGAAAUAUGUUUAAAACCUCUCUUUCCUGUUUGUUUAAGUCUGAUAGAUUUUAACAUAUAUAGGGUACGCUACUUGGACUUUUUUACCACUAUAAUUUUUUUGUGAGAAUGUAAAAUGUAUCAGAACAAUACAGAAGAGAUAACCGGCAGUGAGACCUCAGACGCUGGGCAAGCCUGUGGCAGAAGCGGCCUGAAGGAAGCCACCGCCUCCGGCUACUCCUCGUCUUGUUGUCCUGAAUCUCUCUCCUCCGCUCUGCCUUACCGAAGUUCAGAUUUUCACAUUCCCAGUUCAAGUCAUGCUCCAUCACAGCCAGGAAUUGCCUCAGGUCAGUGCCAGAAUGGCGUCAGAGUGGGAAGACCAGCCUCGUCGGUUCUUAUGUCUUCCACAGACACUUCCUCUGUUCGCUUUCCUGGAGGAACACCAAGACUCCGGAGGACACCAGGAUCUACAGGACCGACAGGAACAAGUGUCUCGUCUGUUUCCACAACUUCUGGUGCCUCUGUGAUAGUAGCGGUAGUUGAAGGGCGAGGUUUGGCCAGAGGAGAGAUUGGCAUGGCCAGUAUUGAUUUAAAAUGUCCAGAACUUGUACUUUCUCAGUUUGCAGACACAGGGACAUAUGCCAAGGUUAUAACCAGGCUUCACAUCUUGAUGCCGAUGGAAAUCCUGAUGCCAGAUACAGCCAGUGAGAAGGGAAAAUGGACAAAACUCUUCAAGCUCAUUACAGAGAAUUUUUCAGGUGUAAAUCUCACUGCAAUCCAGAGAAAGUACUAUAAUGAGAAGAAAGGGCUGGAGUACAUACAGCAGCUCUGUGCUCCAGAAUUUGGCACUGUACUAAUGGAGGUGCAAGCAAAGUAUUAUUGCCUAGCAUCGGCAGCUGCUUUGCUGAAAUACUUGGAGUUCAUUCAGAGCUCAUUUUAUGCUGCCAAGUCUCUAAAAGUGAUCUUUAAGGGAAGUGAACAGACAGCUAUGAUCGACUCGGCCUCUGCAGCUAACUUGGAGUUGGUGGUUAAUAACAGAGACAACAGAAGCGACUAUACUCUUUUAGGAGUACUCAACCAUACGAAAACACCUGGUGGAGCGAGGAGGCUUCGCUCCAAUAUUCUGGAGCCUCUUCUUGAUGUGGAUACUAUAACCACACGCUUGGACGCCAUUCAGGAGCUGCUGCAAAAUGAGGAGCUCUUUUUCGGCCUAAAGAAUGCAAUAGGUCAUUUCCUGGACAUUGACCGGCUGCUCUCUGUUCUCGUUCAGAUUCCAAAGCAGGAAACGGCUCAAGCUGCUGAAUCUAAGAUUACGCAUGUCAUCCAGCUGAAACACACACUGGAUCUGGUGCCACAGUUAAGGGAGGUGUUAAAGACGUGCAGUACAGCUCUGCUGAAGGCAUACAGUGCAACACUGGAGGACAACCGAUUUGACAUAAUCCUCGAGCAGAUCAAGACGGUGGUAAAUUACGAUACCACAUUUUUAAAAGGAAGCCUGAAUAUGCGGACCCAGAAGUGUUACGCAGUGCGACCCAACAUCAACGCGUUUCUCGACAUCGCACGCAGAGUUUACACUGAAAUUGUAGACGACAUUGCAGGUCUUGUGAACAAGUUGGGGGAGAAAUACGGCUUUCCGUUGCGCACUAGUUUCAGUACGAUCCGGGGAUUCUUUAUCCAGAUGAAGCUGGAUGGAGUGGGCUUACCUGAGGGCAAACUACCCCCAGAGUUCAUCAAGGUCACCAAGCAGAAGAACAGCUAUGGCUUUACCACUGCAGACCUGAUUAAGAUGAAUGGUCGCUGUGAUGAAGCGCUGAGGGAGAUAUUCCACAUGUCUUAUGUGGUAAUAUGCCAACUUCUUACAACCAUCCAUGAGCACAUCCACUGCCUGUACAAACUUUCUGACACUGUAUCCAUGUUGGACAUGUUGCUCUCGCUGGCCAAUGCAUGCACAAUCUCAGACUACGUGCGUCCAGAGUUUACAGACACCUUGGCCAUCAAACAAGGUCGUCACCCCAUCUUGGAGCGAAUGGCCCGACAGCAGCCUGUCUCAAACAAUACCUACAUCUCAGAGGGCAGCAACUUCAUCAUCGUAACAGGACCAAACAUGAGCGGCAAAUCUACAUACCUCAAACAGGUUGCGCUGUGUCAGAUCAUGGCCCAAAUAGGCUCUUUUGUCCCAGCGGAGUAUGCCUCUUUCCGGAUUGCUGAUCAGAUUUUCACCAGAAUUGGUGUUGAUGAUGAUUUUGAAACCAACUCCUCUACCUUCAUGUUGGAAAUGAAGGAGGUCUCUUACAUAAUCCACAAUGCAAGUGACAGGUCAUUGACCAUCAUAGAUGAAUUGGGGCGUGGCACUAGUGCUGAAGAAGGCAUUGGAAUUUGUCAUUCAGUUUGUGAAUUCCUCCUUGGCCUAAAGCUUUUAAUACACCUUCCUGGUGAAUGUAAAGCAGCAGAACAAACAAAGGCAUCCGACAUAAUAGGUGUUUUGAAGGUGUGCCCGGUUUUCCUUCUUUGCAAGGCGUUCACUCUGUUUGCCACACACUUUCUGGAGCUCUGUCAGCUAGAGUCUCUCUACCCUAACGUGGAAAACCAGCACAUGGAAGUUCAACACACACGCAACAGAGACUCUGGUGCUGAGCAAGUGGUGUAUACAUAUCUGCUGAGUCGAGGAUGCUCCGAAGAAAGACAAUACGGUUUGAGAGCAGCUGCGAUUACCUCACUUCCUCAGAGUAUAAUCCAAGAAGCGAAAUUGGUUGCCUGUAAAGUCAGCCAGCAGCUUCUGGCCAAACGUCCCACUGAUCCAGAAACACAGAGACAGAGAGCUGUGUACCACCUGGCAACUCGCCUCUUGCAGACUGCCAGAAAUUCAAGAUUGGAUCCGGAGAGCCUGCGUAUGUAUCUGAAAGGACUGAAGAAGCAGUAUGAGGCAGAGCUGCAGGCUGCAGCCCCAGCAAAGCUCAGUGACACAGAGGAGGAAUGAAUGACUCUGCCCUUCUUUAGGAAGAUAACUGUCCUUUCAUUGUUAUUGACCAAACCUUACAUGUUUAAUAACUGUUGUUUUUAAUUCUAACUGGUGUUAUUUAUUUGAUAAGUUAUUCUGCCUGGGCAGCUAUAUUAGUUUGAUGAUUUCCCUGUUAUUCUGUAUUGUUUGGUGUUUUCUGAAAAUAAUUGCUGGCUGAUUUUAUCAAUUCAAUAACAUAUGAAUUGGUUAUGCAGUAGUUUUUGUUGUUUUGGAUGUUAUGG